AAAAAAAAAGUCUUCAAAAAUGCUAAAUGCUUACCUCUCGUGGCAUUUGUGCAAUACAGGAUGACUAGCGAAGCCUAUUGCGGAAUCGAUCGAAUGAAGAUGGAGUUCGGGCGCUUAAUCUGCGAUAGAGAGAUUCCGAUUCUACAGCACAAACUUGAUGCUUUUUCUGAUUCUCAUCGUAAAUCUCUCAAAUCACUAUGGGCAAGAUCACAAGAAACUGCUCAAUGUCAAGCUAAAUUAGAAGAGGCUAAAGUUGAAUUGAGGGAUGCAGAGGAUGAUUUGGUUAAAGCACAGGGAGUGAAGACCCGCAAAGAGGCCAAGCGUAUCGCGUUAAUGGAUGCUAUUGCUUCUGCGAAGACUAGAGUUGAAGAUCUUAAGAGUAGUAUCCAGGAGCAAAAAACCAAGAACUCCGAAUAUGCUGAAAUUUUAUCUCAGCAUUCUCUUGGGACAACAAAUGAAAAUACUGAGCAACGAAAAGAUGAAAUACAGGAGGUCGUCUCAUGGUACAAUACAGUCCUUGGCUUCCAUGUUGAAGGUGGACAUGGGGUGAAGUUCACCUUCAAGAAUAUUAACGUGAACAACCCCAAAGAGGAGUUUUUUUUUACCAUUCAUCAUGAAAAUGAUACUUACGCAUUUGUUGCUUUUCUCUCAGUGUUGAACUGUGAACCCUCCCUUAAAGGCACCAAAGAGUUUAUCCAUGAAUUAAACAAGGCAAAUGGGCUGUUUAAAUUUGUCAGAGUCAUGAGGAGAAAGCUCCAAGAAGCAGUGACAAAAGAUUUAUCCACCUCAUCCUUCAGAAAUGAUACCCCUACCGAGAAAAACGAGAAUCAAGUUCAACCUGCAAAAGGCGAUCGAACUUUCAAGAAACAAACCCUCAAAAGAAGGGCAAUGUCUGCUGCCUUGUCCCCUGGAUCUGCCUCAUCCGUUCGCCAGUCUCCUCGUUUGAAGGCUAAGAAAUAAAGUGGAAACGCUUUCUCUGUACCACUCACGUGGUCACCAUUGAUGCCUUUGGACUAAACAAGUUGACACAUGGAUGAAGACAUUGUCUGAAUUGUAGAUGGAUGAACCUGUAUCUAAACAUAAGAAGAGCUUCACAAAAUGUUUUUGUAACUUGAGAUAUAGGGACACAACUUGCCCCUUUAUUAGUGCCUCUGUAUUUUUCAAUAUAUUUCCUGAUGCUUGUGUUUUGUUAUUUUCUUAGGUUGUUUCAGUUACAGUUCUUGGGGCAGUCAUGGUUGACAGUGUAAAUACUGCAGUAAAUAUAUAAUGUCUUAACUUCCCCCCUUGUCUUAAUUACAACUAGCACAUGGUUGAUAAUGUAUUUUUCUGUAUCCAUAUAGAUACUGAUUUAUGUUAUAGAUAAGGAUUUUGGGUCA